UCCUCCAGCUUUUUACUAAACAAUUACUUGGAAAUUUCAAUAAAAAAUUAAAAAGUUAAAAGAAAGCUUAUUACUUUACCCGUCUCUUUUCCCAAUAGCAUCUCUAUCUGCGUUUAUUACCUUUAACAAUUGUUGUGCCUUUAACGACUUUUAGCAGUGCUGCGUUUUAGUAGCUCCACUGUAAAAGAUUCCCCAUUUUCUCUGUUUUUCUUGUCGUUCAGAGUUACCUCUGCUCCAUUUCACACACUAUUUCUCUCUGUUUUUCCAAAGUCAGAAGCCAUGUCUGUUAUCGGAGAAGCUGCUCUAGCUGCGUUCUUUGAUGCGUUGUUCAGUAAGUUAGCUGAAUUCCUCAAUGUUGUAACCGAGAAGCAAGUUCGCGAGGAGCUCCUCAAGUGGGAAAACAUAUUGCCCGGUAUUCAAGCAGUGCUAGAUAAUGCCGAGGAGAAGCACGUGAAGGAUCGGCAUGUGAAGAGAUGGUUGACCGAGCUCCAACACUUGGCAUACGAUGCGGAUGAUGUAUUGGAUGAGUUUGCUACUAAAGCUUUGAGACGCAAUUUGACGAGGGAGCAUCAAUACAGGUCAAGUAAGUUACAAAAGUUCCUUCAUACUUGCUUCAGUCAUAAUUUCUCAUCUAAUACCGAAAUGAUGUCCAUGAUAAAAGAGAUCACCACUAGAUUUCAAGAGUUAGCAGAACGAAGGAGUGCCUUGGCUUUGACUGAAAAUGUUGGUGGGAGGCCUAAAAGAGCAAUAGAAAGGCCUCCAACCACUUCCUUGGUGACUGAAACUCAAGUCUACGGCCGGGCAAAUGACAAAGAAGCAAUCUUCGAAUUGAUUUCAAAUAGGAAUGUUGUUGAAAUUUGUGUGAUUCCCAUCGUUGGCAUGGGAGGGAUUGGCAAGACAACUCUUGCUCAGCUUGUCUACAAUGACAAUCAGGUGAAUGAUUAUUUUGAUCUCAAAGCAUGGGUAUGCGUUUCUGAAAUUUUUGAUAUCAAAGAUAUAACCAAAUCAAUUUUGUCAUCAAUUGGCCAUGAAUCUCCUGAUGCUGGAGCUGAUUUGAAUAAUCUUCAAAUAAAAUUGAAGCAGAGGUUGUCUGGAAAAAGACUACUUCUCAUUUUGGAUGACCUUUGGCAUCAAAUCUAUAAUGAUUGGACUCUCCUAAUAGCCCCCUUUGGGAAAGGAACUACAAUUAUUGUGACGACUCGUGAACAAAGUGUUUCAUCGAUGACGAGAACUAUCCCAGCUGAUCACAAGCUGCAAAAGUUGUCAGAUGAAGAUUGCCUUUCUGUAUUAACUCACCAUGCAUUAGGAGCAAACGAUUUCAGUAGGCAUCCGAAUUUAGAAGAAAUUGGUCGAAAGAUUGUGAAGAAGUGCAACGGCUUGCCUUUGGCAGCUAAGACCAUUGGAGGCCUUUUGCGCAAUAAGGUGGACCUUGAUGCAUGGAAAUGGAUACUGGAAAGUGAGAUUUGGAAUUUACCAGAAGAGAGAAGUAACAUAAUUCCAGCUUUACGAAUAAGCUAUCAUCAUCUUCCUCGACAUCUAAAGCGAUGUUUUGCUUACUGUGCCAUACUCCCCAAAGAUUAUGAAUUUACUGAGACAGAAAUAGUCUGGUUAUGGAUGGCAGAAGGUUUUCUACGAGUGGGAGCUGUGAAUAGAAAUGAAGAUUUGGGUCAGGAGAUCUUUCAAGAACUUGUAUCGAGAUCAUUUUUUGAAAGAUCCAAUCAGGAUAAGUCUCGAUAUGUAAUGCAUGAUCUUAUUAAUGAUUUGGCUCAAUCAAUCGCCAAAGAUUUAUGCUUUAGAGUGGAGGGUGACAAGGAAUUGGACAUUUCCAAUAAUGCUCGCCACUCAUCUUACAUUGGUGGUCGGAGGGAUGGAAUUAAAAAAUUUCGAAUCGUUAAUGGAAUGGAGCAUUUAAGAACCUUCUUACCGUUGAAGAUGCCAGAUGAAGAGUAUUGCUAUAUAUCUAAUCAAGUUCUCUUUGAUUUGUUGUCAAAAUUGAAAUGCUUAAGGGUGCUUUCUUUAGAAGGGUAUCACUUGACCAAGUUACUUGAUGUUUUUGGAGAUUUGAUACAUCUGCGUUAUCUCAAUUUUUCUCACACUCCAAUCAAAACUCUACCUGAUUCAAUAUGCAAACUUUACAAUUUAGAGACUUUGAUUUUGUGGGGGUGUAAAGCUCUUGAGGAGUUUCCUUUAGAAAUGAGAGAUUUAAUUAACCUAAGGCAUCUUGAUUUUACUGGUGCAAAUUCACAAAUAAGGAUGCCGAUGGGAAUUGGUGAGCUAACCAGCCUCCAAACAUUGACAAGAUUUGUUGUGAGUCGAGAUAAUGGCCUUCAGAUACAAGAGAUGGAGAAAUUGUCUAAUCUUAAGGGUGGACUUCUUAUUUCAGGAUUGGAGAACAUUGUCAAAGCUCAAGAUGCAGCGGUGGCUGGGUUAUGUAAUAAGUCAAACCUUUCUGAUUUAACUUUGGAAUGGAAGUACUCCCGUGACGCUUUUGCAGUAGAAGAAAUUCAAUUUCACAUGGACGUGUUGAAUUCACUCCGACCACAUGCAAUGCUUGAAAGGCUCACCAUCCAACAUUACGGAGGUAAAGCAUUCCCAAAUUGGAUAGGAGAUCCUUCAUUUGAAAAGCUAUCACAUUUGGAGUUGGAUAAUUGUCCAAAUUGCACAUCAUUACCAGCAAUUGGAAAAGUACCACUGCUAAAAUCCCUUUUUAUCAAGAACAUGAAUAAGGUGACUGUUGUGGGUUCUAACUUUUUUGGAGAAAAUGCGUCAAUUGCAUUUCCAAAAUUAGAGGAAUUAUUUUUUUAUAACAUGCCUGAAUGGCAGGAAUGGGAUCCUUGUGAAGUUGACGGAGAUGUGUUCCAACAACUCCGCUUGCUCUCCAUUUCAGAUUGUCCCAAGUUGUUAGGAAGUUUACCUACUCGUCUUCGUUCUUUGGAGGAACUUGUGAUUCUUCGAUGUCAAAAACUGAGAAGUCUAGCUACUUGUCCUCCUUCAUUGAAGAAACUUGAGGUUCGUGAAUGUGAGCAACUGGUAGUUUCACUCUCUAGCCUUACAAAGUUGUGCAAGUUAAAAAUUGAAGAAUGCCAAGAGGUGGUGGGUACGAGUUUUACAAAUUUUGGCUCACUCAUGAAAAGUGUCUCCCUGUCAAAAAUUUCGAAAUUCACUUGUCCAAUGGAUAUGAUGUUAGGGUUGAGAAAAGCAGAAUCUCUUUCUAUAGGGAACUGUGAUGAGCUAAUUUCUUCAUGGCUGAACCAAGAAGAUUUGGGUAUAGGAGAUUGUGAAAGGCUAGAGAGGCUAUCAAAAAGCCUACACAGCUACACAUCCCUUACGGUGCUACAAAUUGAAAGAUGCCCAAGAUUGAUUUCAUUUUCAAAGGGAAAUUUGCCUGCAAAUUUAAGAAGUUUAACCAUUAGAUGUUGCGAAAAUUUGCAGUACUUGCUGGAUGAAAGAGAAAAUGUCAGUAUCAACGGUACAUUUUUUCUAGAGAAAUUGGAAAUUGGACAUUGUAAGUCUUUCAUAUCUUUAUCCGUAAGGUGCGAGUUACCGUUAAAGUUUAUAAGUUUAUCCAUUGUUGAUUGUGAGAAUUUGCAGUACUUGCUGGAUGAAAGAGAAAAUAUCAGCAUAGAGCAAUUGCUUAUUGGAUUUUGUCAGUCUUUGAUAUCUUUAUCCGCAAGGGGCGACUUACCUGUUGAUCUUCAACGUGUAAGCAUCUAUAAUUGUGAAAAAAAGUUAGCUUCCUUAUUAUCCAAUGGCAAGUUACCUAAGGGGCUGAAAUACCUCCGUAUCGAAGCUUGCCCAUCUCUAGAAUCCAUAGCACCUGAAAUUGAAGACAACUCUUCUCUUAAACAGAUUGAUAUCUACUUUUGUGAAAAUUUUAGAUCUUUACCUCGUGGAUUCGACAAUCUCAACCAUCUUGAGGAGGUCUGUAUUUGUGGUUGUCCAAAUCUGAUUUCUUUCCCAGGAAGUGGAUUGUUAACCCCCAAACUCAGAGAGUUCUAUCUUAUGAGAUGUGAAAAGCUCGAGGCCUUACCCAACCACAUGCACAACAUUGUCUCUCUUGCAGAAUUCGUGAUAUAUGAUUGUCCAAGUGUGGUAUCUUUUCCAGAAGAGGGGUUCCCUACCAAUCUCAUUUCACUUGAAAUCUCGCAGCCCAAUUUCUGCAAGUCAGUAAUCGAGUGGGGUUUGCACAAACUCACCUCUCUUAAGCAUUUCUGCAUCCACGGUGCUUCACUAGAUGUGGCGUCAUUCCCUCAUGAAGAAAUGCUUCUGCCCCCCUCUCUCACCUCUUUCUCCAUCAAACAUUUUCCCAACCUUGAAAUUUUGUCCUCCAAGGGCUUUCAAAAUCUCACCUCUCUCGAAUCAUUGCGCAUCGCACAUUGCCCCAAGCUCAAAUUCCUUCCGAGUAAGGAAAUGCUUCCCUCACUUUUGACACUACAAAUUUAUGAUUCUCCAUUGCUAAAACAACGAUGCGAGGAGGAUGAGUGGCCCAAUGUUGCCCACGUACCUCACAUUGACAUAUGGUGAGAAAAAUCAAAUUUGAAAUGGUUUGUGUUCGUAAACGGAGGUUCGCCCAGAAAUCAGGCAGACUGCCAUUGAGGAUGUGUGAUCUGUGACAAUGCUUAUGGUAGCAGUACAUCACGUAAAUUCAAAUAGAUCAGGAUUGACAAAAAUCUUGAAUCAAAUAGGUUUAGAAGAACAGAAAAGAAGUUGUAUUGCAGCUAUCUGGAGAGACAAUGUCUUGACAAAUUGACUAGCAAAUUGCAUUGAGCUAAUAUAGGAGCUUCCUUGACAAUAGUUGAAACAUUUGCUAUCCUAGUGUAUCCUCAACUUCUGGCACUACCGUACAUGAUCUAAACAGUGUCACCCAGAAGCUACAUUGAUUAAUUUGCAGAUCAGGGGAACUACUUCUUCGCCCAAAGCAUCCCAACUCUGAAAAUGAAAACUUUAAUUUGAAUGUAGUACGUUGGCGGGAAAAAUAUGCCUCCAGUUGGAAGUUGCAGAAGCUUGUGCCAGCAAUAGAAGCAAACAAACUGGUCUGGAAAGACACUAAAAUGGGAAUGUCAUUGCUUAUCCGGGCAUUGCCUUCGUUGCUGCCACUCUCAAUGCUUGUUAUAACUCAGCAUAUUGAGCAUAUGCUGGGCUGAAUGAGCAAACACCAAAAUCUCUGCCUCAAUCCCAAUGAGUACUCAAUUUUUGAUAAAUGAUGAGAAAUUAAAGUAUGUAUUGGCAACAAUAGCAGUGACUGUCUCAAGGGAACAACAAUUUCCCAAAGGGAAACAUAGUUUGAAAAUGGAUGAAGUAGACUUUAUAUUCUGGAGCCCUUAAAAAUUCAAUGGCAGUUUGUUCAGAUAGCAGUUCCUUCCCUAAAAGGGGAAUCUGUCCUCCUUUGCGUCAGUGGUGCAAGCAUAAAUGAUAAGAUAGCUACUGAGUGCCUCAAGCAUGUAAAAUCAGGACCUUCAUACUGAGAUUGGAAAGGUGAAAAGUGAUAUGUUGCUGUUUGCAGGCACUUCAGGAGGUUGCAUGAUUUGUGAGACAAUGUUGACGGUAAGACAAUGAUAUCUAAUUUUGGUUUCAAUUGGAAGUUGAAGAGGCUUGUGCCAGCAAUAGGAGCAAACAAACUGGUCUGGAAAGAUGCUGAAAUGGGGAAUGUUAUUACUUAUCCAAGUGGACAUUGCCUUUGAGGCUGCCACUCUCCAUGCUUGUUAUAGCCUGGCACAUUGACCAUGUGCCAGGCUGAAUGAGCAAACACCAAUCUCAGCCUCAAUCCCAAUGAGUACUCAAUUUCUGAUAACUGAUGAGAAAUUAAAGUACGUAUUGGCAACAAUAGCACAUGACAGUGUCAAGGGAACAACAAUUCCCCAAAGGGAAACAUAACUUGAAAACAGGUGAAGUAAACUUUAUAUUCCAAAGCCCUCAAAUAUUCAAUGGUGGCUCGAAGUUGUUCAGAACCAUAUCUUUUGGUUGAAUGUUUGCCUUAGCCUAUGUUGAUGAAUCACAAGACCAAUGGCAGAGAAGGAAUAGAGGUAUUCAAAAGGAGGGAGAAAGCCAUGUAAGAUUCCACUAGUUUGAAUUUGCUUUAAGUGCUUAGAUCAGAUGAGCUAGUCAAAUGUUUCUCAUUUUAUAUUUAAUCUAAAAUGAAGUAAGCAAAACCAAAGUUUCAAUUUUAGGUAUAACUACAAAUAAGCUCUUGCUUACUAAAUUUUGGACAGGUAUUUCUCCAAAGCUCAUUUUCUUUGGAAGGAGUAAAUAUUUUUGCAGAAUUGAGAAAGAAGUUUUGUCUUCAAUCAUGGAGCGAUAUGGUUUAAUUUCAAGUUAGUAGGACUUACAGAUGGUUCUUUCCGGGUACGAUAUAUAGAUUCAAUGCCUGCCAUCAUUGUAAAAGAAAAAUCAAGACUAAAUCAGAAUGAGAGGUUUUUGUAGUUGAUUUCUAUGGGUUUUUUUUUUUUUUGAAUGCCUAUGUAUUUGUUUGUUCUUCAUAUGUAUUUUUGGUCAUUCACCAGAGGUCUGAGUAAAGGGAAAUAAACUUUAGUUGUAACUAUUGCAUUGGAUUGUUUACAAAAAGCUGCAGAAUUUUAUUUAUUAAUUUCAUCAUGGUAAUGAACAGAUGUUUGGGAUAUUAUCAUCUACGAGACAUAUUUCUUUCAGACUGCUGGUUAAACAUUUCCUUCAGUACCAUCUCAAGAAAGGUUUCAGAGGCUUGUGCCAGGAGUAGGAGCAAACAAACUGGUCUGGAAAGACGCUGAAAUGGGAAUGUUAUUACUUAUCCAAGUGGGCAUUCCCUUGGUUGCUGCCAUUCUCAAUGCUUGUUAUAACCCAGCACAUUAACCAUAUGCCGAGCUGAAUGAGCAAAUACCAAAAUCUCUACCUCAAUUCCAAUGAGUACUCAAUUUCUGGUAAAUGAUGAGAAAAUAAAGAUGUAUUGGCAGUAACAGCAGUGAUAGUGUCAGGGGAACAACAAUUCCCCAAAGGGAACAUAGCUUCCUAUGAAAAUGGGUGAAGUAAACUUUAUAUUCCGAAGCCCUCAAAAUUCAAUGGUGGUUUCCAAGUUGUUCAGGCAGCAGUUCCUUCCCAAAAAGGGAAAUCUUUCCUCCUUCGCAUCAAUGGUGCAAGAUAGCAUGUAAAAUCAGGUAACCUAGGACCUUCUGUAUAAACCAAAUUCACAUUGUCAUCGUAGCAGUGUCUGAGUGUUUCUGUAAUAUUUCAAGUUAAGAAGCUACCAAUGGGUAUUUCCCAUUUGUAGUAUGAUGAAUUUCAUACACUUUUUUUAUUCUAAAAUUUGUAGAAUCCUUCUUCUAUCUCUCAUAUUAUGUUCUGUAUGAAGUAAAGGAGGUUUCUACUCAAACGCUUGAUGUAAUCUAGAGUACUUUCCAAGUUGCAUAUCAGGAUAAAUGGCCAGAAUUCAGUUUUUCUUGGUGAUGAAGUAUGAAUCACAAUGCUUAAACAUUUUUGCAUUCA